GUGUAUGUAUAUCUCAGGUGUGCCAGGCACAGGUAAGACAGCCACCGUUCAUGAGGUGAUGCGCUGUCUGCAGCACGCCACCGACAUGGACGAGAUCGCUCACUUCCACUUCAUCGAGAUCAACGGGAUGAAGAUGACUGAUCCUCAUCAGGCCUAUGUCCAGAUCCUGCAGAAACUCACAGGUCAGAAGGCCACUGCCGACCAUGCAGCAGCUCUGCUGGAGAAAAGAUUCAGCAACCCUGCACCCAGGAAGGAGAGCACCGUGCUGUUGGUGGACGAAUUGGACCUGUUAUGGACCAGGAAGCAGAACGUCAUGUACAAUCUGUUUGACUGGCCGACACGGCGCCACGCCCGCCUUGUGGUACUGACCAUCGCCAACACCAUGGACCUGCCGGAGAGGAUCAUGAUCAACAGAGUGGCCAGCAGACUGGUCGCCCCCCUAUUCGCAGACUUCUGCGAGGAUGAAGCGCACCAAACCCUCCUCCUGCACACCGAGGUGUGCUGGCUCUCACGCGGCCGAGUGCUGGCACGCUUUGUAGAACUGAAGGAAAAAAUUGAAGAGUUUCUACAAACUCGUAACCGCGCACUGUCAGAGCAAGUGACUGAGUCAUUCUGGAUUAAAACAGCAUACCUGGCCGACAUCUUCAGUCUCUACAAUGAAACAAACAAGCGUCUGCAAGGCGUGGAGUCCAACAUUCUCCAAUGA